ACACUUAAACUUAUCUUGUAAUUCUGGCGCAAAACCAAAAGAGUGGUAGUGGCUUCAUUCAUUCCCCUUCUCUCAAAAGUUUCAAUUCAUUUUCUCAAUUUGAAUUAUGAGUUUGGCUUCUGUUGUUCACAAUGGCAUCCAAACUCCAUUGAAUCAUACUGACCUUAUCAGGAUCAGGGCUUCGCAUUCCAAAACCUCCACACUCCAAUUCCUUCACCGUCCUAUCUCUUCCUUUUCCUCAGUGUAUCAUUUACAUCGUCCUCUCCGUCUCCCACUUCCAUGCUCCAAACCAAUUCGUCAGGUUCAUCCAUUUCAUACUUCAGAUGUAAAGAGGAUUACUGCUCAACGAGAUGAUGAGAUAUCUUCUACUGAGGAAUCACAGAGUUCUGCAGUUAGAACUGUAGCCUUAUGGGUUUGCGCCGCAGUAGCAUUUGGUGUUGGUGUGGGUUUUACAGAAGGUUAUGAAAAGGCAUCAGAAUUCUUUGCUGGAUACAUAUUGGAGCAAAGUCUCUCGGUGGAUAAUCUCUUUGUCUUUGUUCUAAUAUUCAAAUACUUCAAAGUGCCAGUUUUGUAUCAGAAUCGUGUACUUUCCUAUGGUAUUGCUGGUGCAGUUGUUUUUCGCCUGAUAAUAAUACUUCUUGGAACAGCCACCAUUCAGAGGUUUGAGGCAGUCAACCUUCUAUUGGCCGCAAUAUUGCUCUUCUCAUCAUUUAAGCUAUUUGCUAGUGAAGAAGAAGAGUCAGACUUAUCUGACAACUUUUUGGUGAAGACAUGCCAGAAAUUGAUCCCCGUAACAACAUAUUAUGAUGGAAACAAGUUCAUAACAAAUCAGGAUGGGAUAUGGAUGGCCACACCUUUGCUUCUUACCGUAGCCGUUAUUGAACUCAGUGACAUUGCAUUUGCAGUGGACUCGAUACCUGCAGUUUUUGGUGUAACACGAGAUCCAUUUAUAGUGUUUUCUUCUAAUCUUUUUGCCAUUCUGGGUUUGAGGUCUCUUUACGUGAUAAUUUCUGAGGGUAUGUCAGAAUUGAAGUACUUACAGCCGUCCAUUGCUGUUGUACUGGGAUUUAUUGGGUGUAAGAUGAUCUCGGACUAUUUUGGAUUCCAUGUCUCAACGGAGGCAUCUCUUGGUUUUGUAGCCUCUAGUCUUUCCAUUGGAGUAAUAUUAAGUCUGGCUAACAAAUCUGAUUAGCUUAUGGACCAACUCAGAAUGAGUUGGCUCAGCAUGAUUGCUUCUGUUUUACCAAGCAAUCCAAUUCUACCCCUCCACCUCAAAUAAAAAAAAAAAAUUAUUAUUCCUUUAUCAUUUUGUAUACUUGGUAAGAAAUAUUUAUUUUAUAUGUUGGUUUCAUUAGCCAAUAGCCAACUGAGGAACCCUUUGUAGACUGUGCAAUGGCUUUAGUUGAUGUUCAAAGUGUUCAAAGUGAAAGCAUAGUAAUAGCAAAUGGUCAAUCAAAACAUAUUUUUGGCAAAAACUAGCAGUUUACCCGUGUAGAAGAAACACGGGUCUGGGAAAAAUCAUAAACCCAUGCAUGUAAACCACCAUAUCAUCAUGAAAUGAUAUUUUACUAUCACAAAA